AGUAUAAAUAUAUCAUCUCAUGACAUCUAAAGGAACCAAAGGUACAAACUUUUUUCUUAUGAAUCCAUCACUACCUUUCUCUUUUUCUUCACAUCAAUUUCUCUUUCUUCAGUUUUGAACUGAAGUCUCAAUCUCUCCAUUGUGAUGCUAAGUCCAUAAGUACACUAUGAAUCAAAAGAGGCAAGAAGAAGAAGAAGAAGGAAAUGAAGAAACUCAAAGUGAAAGUGAAUCAAAGCAAAUAGUGGCAAUAUCUCGGCCUCUAAUACAAACUCCAGGUGCUUCUGCUUUUUCAUGUUACCUAAACAGAGACAAACUUCCAAAAUAUUUUCGCCACAGCAUUCUCCAACAACAAAAACAACAAGAACUGAAGAAAAAACUUGAAAACUUUUGGAUAAACCAAAACCAUGAAAUUGAAGAGAGCAACAAUUUGGGAAAUCACUGUUUGCCUUUAGCAAGGAUUAAGAAAGUGAUGAAAUCUGACGAACAAGUGAGUAUGAUAUCAGCAGAGGUGCCUGUCCUGUUUGCUAAGGCAUGUGAAAUGUUUAUUAUGGAAAUGACAAUGAGAUCUUGGGCUCAUGCUGAGAUGAACCAAAAGAAAACAAUUCAAAAGAGUGACAUUGCAUCUGCAAUCUCAAGUACUGAUGUUUUUGAUUUCUUGGUUGAUAUUGUUCCAAGGGAAGAAGACACAAUGGAUCAUGAAAUUUUUAGAAGAAGAGAAAGUGUUCCUUAUUAUUAUGUCCCUUUGCCACCUCAUCAUGCUGCUCCUCCAGGAAUGUUUAUGGGAACUCCUGAACUGCUUCCAAACCCAAAUCAAGAAAAUGGUGAUUCUUCUGAUUGAGUUCCUCAUGUUUAUUGUGGUGCUUCUAUGCUUGUCUUUAAAUAAAACUACCCAUAUUUGGUUCUGUUUCUUCUAUGUUAAGUGCAUGUAAUGGUUUUUAUGGGAAUUUAAUAAUAAAGUUGUGGAAUUGUUUUUAACAUCAA